GUCCGCGGUGCCCCUCUCCGGCCCUAAGCGCGGCGAUCCUGCGAGUCAGCUGUUUCUCUCCUGGGCACAGAGGCGGAAGCCCGCGGGGCGCGGGGAGGAGCUUCGCGCCUGGGGUGAACGCCAGCCCUACGUGCUCGUUCGCCUGGCGACCGCUGCGCGCGAGCCCCGUGUCCCCGCGGCUGGCAGCAGCGGCGGCGGCGGUGGAUCGCGGAGGGGGUGGAGGGAGCGGAGGGAGCCCGCGGCGGCGGCGUCUACAGCGAAAUGGCGGAGACCGUGGCGGACACCCGGCGGCUGAUCACCAAGCCGCAGAACCUGAAUGACGCCUACGGGCCGCCCAGCAACUUCCUCGAGAUCGAUGUGAGCAACCCGCAGACGGUGGGGGUCGGCCGGGGCCGCUUCACCACCUACGAGAUCAGAGUCAAGCCACAGCCGCCCAGGCCGGGAGCCCUCCUGCAGGCGCGGUCGGGCAGUCCUUUCGCGGGCCGGGGUCGUAAGCCAGGGCCCCUCUUCACGUAG